CACUGUCGUUUGACGUUUCAAUGGAUUCAAUAGUAAAAUUUUGUCGCUGCACUGCCAAUUCCCAUUAAAGAACUUGACUAGGCGAUACAGGAAUUAUCAUGGAUUCCCGCACUAAAGUUAUUUUUAAGACUGAUGAAUAUAUAAAAAAAUAUAAGAAACAAUAUAAAAAAAAUUGCAAGGUCCUUACGCUAGAGCCCAAAGUAAUUGGUUGCUUCAGCGUGAGCAGCGAGCGCUUCUAUAGCUCCGAUACAAAUGAGCUAAAGUUUCUUGUAAUACCUGGCCCGGAACUUUUCCCCUUGAAUCUUAAUAAGCAACUAGUUUCGCCUGAUGAGCACCAGCAUCAUGCCGAGUAUUUAGAUAAUAUGUUGUACUUUAUCAGAGACCAUCCCGAUAAAAUGGUCAAAAUGUCUUCGGAUCUUGGUUCUGUAGUGCAGGCGGACAUUGUUACUCAGCACGAACUGUUGCAGACCCUGAUGCGUACGCCCUACAAGAGUCGAGAUUGGAGAAUACUGGGAACCAAGUACCGAAAUACCAUAUACUUGUGCUUGGCCAAGCCAAACAAUUCGGGAAGGACCCCGGCUGAUUUGCAGAGGGAGCGAGCUUGCCAAAUGAUGGAGACAAAGCUAAAGCGUUUUCUAUAUUCAGACGCACCUGAUAGUUUAUCCUCAUUAAGAUCUGAUGGCGGCGAGUUCCAUGGUGUGUUCAGGUGCAGCGUAGGCGGACUCUCUGUGGUCUAUGGAUCUGCAAUGGGUGCGCACUGUAACAAACGAAUACAGGCCUUAAACAAAAACUCAAGCAGAUUUGCCGAAUGUAAGGUAAUUCUUCCACAUUCUGAUAUUCAACGCUCGAGCUCCAAACCAGAUCCAGAAGAAGCUUUAAUGUGGUGGUCAGACUGCUAUUUGAAGGGUGUUAAGGAAAUUUACGUAGCUCGUCCCCAGCCUACUGGGCACGUACAAAACCUUACCACCUGCUCAUUGACUUCACUAAUUAGCGAUAAUAUCAACAAUUGGUCAUGUGACAUGUGCAUUGAAUUUAUGCAUUAUACUCUGCAACAGAUUUGCACUGCGAUGCAAUUAGAGGAUCCCAAUUCGGUUUACCACUUCGAUUAUGUGUCAAGUCCGGGCGUACUUAUGUUUGACGUAAGUGAGAACCGCAAUGAGAACACUUUUAUAUCUGAUUGGUUUCGCUUCACACUGGAUAAUCCAUAAGGAACAACCCUAAUAUACGAUUAUAUAUAAAUGGAAAAAUAAAAAUUCUUUCAUUUACAAUGCUGGCACAAA